AUGGGGGCCUUUGUACAGGGUGGACGAAUACCAGGCUGCAUCAACUGUCCACAAGCAGUGCCUGUAUUUUCCGGCUGCAUCAGCUACAUAACUCUGGAUACGUACCCUGGGCUGUUUACCCUGGACCAUAAUAUCCGGUCCACAAUACCCCGGUCUAUAGUACCCUGGCUACGCGUGACCCCGGGCCGCUUGACCCCGGGCUGGAAUAACAUGGUGAUCGGAAAUGCUCUAUUUAGUAAGAGAAAUGAACACCUAAUUACUUACCGUAGUGGAGAGCAAGCAAGUCAGAUAGACUUCUUCCUCUACCGCCGUAGAAACAUCAAGGAGAUUAAAAACUGCAAGUUUAAAGACCGAGUUCUAAGAGAUAUUGACCUGGAAAUCGAGGAUGUCAACGAAUGGUGGAACAGAGUCAGUGCAAACAUCAUCGGAACUGGGAUAGAAGUGCUUGGUGAGACUAGUGGCAAAAUUUGGGAAAAUAGAGAAGCGUGGUGGUUCAAUGAAGAAGUUCAAAAGAAAGUGAAAGCUAAGAAGAUUGCCAAGAAAAGAUGGGAAGAAACCAAACUAGAUCACGAUAGAGAAAACUACAAGGAGUACUGUAAGGAGGCGAAAAGAGCUGUUGCAAUCGCGAAAGCAAAAGCGUACGAUAGACUAUAUGAAGAGUUAGACACUAAAGAAGGACAGGAGAAGGUUUUCAAGUUGGCAAAACAAAGAAAUAAGAGCACAAAGGAUAUCAGACAUAUAAGACAGAUGAAGGAUGAAAGAGGAAUAGUGUUAAGAAAGGAAAGAGAGAUUUUGAUGAGGUGGAAAGAUUGCUUUGAGAAGUUACUGAACGAAGAAAAUGAAAGGUUCCUGAGAGAAGAUGGAGAACCAAACAACCAAGAGGUAGCAGAAGUGACGAGACAGGAGGUGAUCAUAGCACUGAAGAAGAUGAAGAAUGGUAAAUCGACAGGGCCAGAUAGCAUACCGGUUGAAGUUUGGAAGGCGCUAGAUGGAGACGGAGUUGACAUAUUGCAUCAACUCAUGAACGAAAUAAUGGAAAAAGAAGUCAUACCAGAGAAGUGA